AUGGCGUUGGCGCCGGUCCGCGUUGUCUGCCUGGCUGUUCUCAUGGCCUCUAUCCGACACUGCGCCACCUCUGAGAUAAGUGACACUUUGAUAAAGACGGAUUUCUCGAUCACAAUCCCCAAAGAGGGACUUCAGGCGAACGUUGAGAAAAUCUUUCACCUCGGGCCAUCUCAGACUCUAGGUGUGUUCGACUUCUCCAACAGUGCGAGUUACUUGCCGGCAAGCCCCGCCACCGAGACCGGAAAAAGGUCGUCGGAUCAGGUCGGCAGCAGUGCUUUUGCGUUUGAGAACGGUAAGUGCAACUUCGACAGAGUCAUCGGGUACAACCAACUCUUCCCCGGAUACGAGACACCCCUGUGGGUUCGUGCUUCCUCUCCAGCGAACUCGGACGAGGAGGGGUCGACAGAGGUGACGACGUACAAGUUUACGAAUCCUCCCGAAGAGAACUUGUAUGGGAAGGGUCAGUUUCUGCAUACGUUUCCAGACUG